AUAUUUGACUAGUACGUUACUUUCGGGACUUUUGUCUUAAGCUGUGUGGUCUUUUAGAAGUAUUUGCAGAAGAUCAAUUGUAUAGGAAGAUAUAAGCAUUGUAUUAAAUUGCUCAAAAACGUUAUGCCUGUCAAAUCUGAUAUGAAGGAUAAAACAGCACAAUCAGAUAUAAAAGAUAAAUCGAAAAAGGGAAGAUAUAGUUUAAAAAGAUUGUUAGAUCGGAGUCGAUUUUCACCUAGCUUAUUAUUUUUAUCAAAAUCUAAUACAAGCAAAUCAACUGAUACAUCGAAUGAAAAACGUAAAUCUGUCCAUGAUGAUAUGAUGGACAUCAAUGUGAAUGUUGAAAAUUCACCGUCUUCAUCACCACAUUCCUAUUCACCAAAUUUUGGAAGACGUUUAACAGCUUCUGUACCAUUUGAUUGUGCUUCAAAUUCACCGAUAAUUACCAGUACCGCUUUUCGAAAUCCAACUUAUGGCAGUGAUCAUGCAAGUCCCAAUUCAGAAUUUAUUGUUGAAGAAGAAUAUGAAGAAUCUUUGGCGAAUUUUGCUGAUACUAUACUGGAUGGAUUGAAAGGUCGUUCAAAUCCCUGUUCUAGAAAAUCACCAGAUACAUUUUCAGCUUGGUCUGAUGCUGCUUUUCCUGUCGGAAAUAUUAUAGUACCUAUGCAUUGUGGAUCUAUACCAUUUAGUGGAGGCAGUGUUGAUGCACAUCGUCAACAUCAGCAUCAUAAUCAACAAUAUCAUGAAAUAUCUGACAGUGUUGUUGUUACACCACCACUGACUAAUUUCGAUCCGUGUAAUAAAUCAUUAAAUAAUAAUUAUAAUGAUGUUAAUAAUACUUUGAAUAAUAUAAAUCCUACUGGAAUAUACAACGAACCAUGUGAUGCUAAAUCGUCACUAUUGAAUGAACCAAUUACAAUUUAUACAACUAGAAGUGUCAUCAUGAAAAAUGCACCUGUAGAAUGUAAUCUCUUGGAGAACAGUUCAUGCAAUUAUUAUAGCGGCAACAACAACUAUUCUGAUCAUCAUCCUAAUUACCAUUGUACAAAUAAUAAUGAUAAUGUCGAUUCUCGGAAGACAUUAAUAACAAAUGUGACUUCUAGCCCAAUCCUUCUUCAUCAUCAUUCUAUAAAUACUAAAUCUGAAUCAAUUCAAUGUAAAAAUGGUAAUAGUCAUUCUGUUUCACCAAUGUCUUCAAUUAACAAUAAUAUUAAUAAUGGUGAAACUAAUGCAGUCAGCAAUGCAAUUAGUAUUCAAUCAAAAAAUAACAGUACUUCACUGUCAAAUGUUUGUUUUGCCAGUUCUCCACGUGGUAAUACUGUUAUUACACAUCAUCCAGCCAGCCCUUUUGCACGUGUUCCUCGUGGUGUAGUUGGAAAAAAUGAAGUUCAUGUUAAAACCCCUAUCCAGUCAAAAUCAUCGGUAUCCAUGUCUAAUGUCUGCAUAACUGCCACCGUUACCACCCAUACAACUACAUGCAUUGAUAAUUUUUCUACUAAUCAAAAUAUUCCUGUAACUAGUAUUUCUACAACAGAUGAUUCAUCUUGUGUUUCAACUGAACUUCAGUCAGAUUCUUCUGAUUGCUCUCUACAAAAUCAGUCUAGUCAUGUAAACGGUGAUCAACAGCCAAAUUCUAUUCCCAGUGAGCCGAAUCAAUUGAUAAACUUGUCUAAGACAAAUUCUGCAGAUUUACAAAAUUCAAUGAAUAACAAAGUAAAUAAUUCACAUGGAUUCGGUCGUAGACGUUCUAAUGUACCCAAUUCUUAUCCAACUUAUGAAGAAGCUUGGGAUUUAAAAUUAGCUCGUCAACUUGGUGUCGGUGUAUCACGUCUACCAUCAAUUAUUCCGCUAUCAUCAAAUGUUCAAAAUUACAUUUCACAACUUCCUUUUUCUAUGCCUUCCAAUACCUCUACAAAUAAUCAUGAUUUAAAUAUCCCAAUAUCUCCUGUUUCUGUUUACAAUAGAAAUAAAAUUAGAAAUAAUAAUUCAAAUUUUUCACCGUUGCAACCUUUGUCACUGGAUAAUAAUAUUAAUAAUAAUAGACAAUGUUCAACUGAUGAUUCUCACUCUAUUGAAUCUCAUUUGAAAUUGUUGAAUAUUUCAACAUCGACAUCCUCUUCGUCUUCUUCAUCUUCUUCUUGUUCAAAUGAUAAACUCAUAAAUUCAACUAGUAAUUCUGAAUUAAUAUCAGUAAUGACCACUACUAAUCAUGUGGAUGCAUCAAAUCGUGCAGAUCAUGUGGUGGAUACAAGACUAGUACAUUUGGAUAAAUUGGAUCGAAAAUCAACUAAUGGUUCAUUUCGUCAUGAUGAACUAAUUAGUAAUAAUUCUAGUCAUAUGGUGUUAAGUGGAAAAACAGAAAACAACGGUGAAUAUGAUUACGCUUAUAAUGGUUCAUGGAGUAUGGGUGUCAAACUCAGUUUAGAUCUAGCCAUCAAUAGUUCAUCAAAUGAUACAUCUUUACUACCAAAUAUACCAAAGUAUAGUAAUGCAACAACAACACCUACAACAACAAUGAUUAAAACGGUAAAGUCAAGUUUAAAUCCUCCUCCACCUUCAUCACAUCAUCAACACCAUCCAAAUUACCAUCAUCAGCUUAUACAACAUGGUUUAUCUUCUUCUGGUCAGUUACAAGAGUCUAGUAAAUUCAUUUCAGUUAAAAAUACUAAUGGUAGUGAUUUAAAAUUGAAUUUGACUACUCGUCCUGUACAAUCAGUUUUAUCUAAUGAUCUCGAUAGCAUUUCUACAAGUAGUUGUGAUGAUUCUUGGGAUGCUCAACAUGGUCGAUUAGUUUCUAAAUUAAUGAGUGGACGUUUUAUAGAUCCUAGUACUAUUAUUUCAAGCACUGGUAAAUCUGGAAACGCAACAACUACAAUAAUGGAAGUGAAUAAUGAUUUCUUGACUUCUGAAACUUGUAAUUCUUCUGCAACAAAUAUGCUUACAGUUCCUAGCCUGUCGUCAACCUCCUCAUCAUGCACGUCUUCCUCCACCUCUUCGUCGUCAUCGUCAUCAUCAGUAUCGAUGGCCUCACAUGUAGUAAUAACGUCAGUUGCUCCCCCUUCUCAUUGUGCCAGUUCUAUGACACAGGUGUUUGAUCACUUACCUUCAUCUAAUGUUAAUUUACAUCACUCAAUGAAUUCAGUUAGUAAGAAUAAAUUGUUAUCUAGUCAAAAUAACCUACCGAAGGGUUUACCUCCUCAUUUGGAAACAUUGUCACUUGAAGAACAACCAUGGUUUCAUCCGUCAUUAACAAGAUCAGAAGCUGAAGAACUAAUACGGAAUGAACCAGAAGGUAGUUUUCUUGUUCGUCCCAGUGAAACAUGCCCUAAUGACUUUUCUCUAACUAUUAAGUAAGUUACUGUUAUUAUUAUGAUUAUUAAUAUGAUUUGUCAAGUUAUUUGAAACGCCUUAUUGUGAAGAGUGGUUUACUGUUAUUCAAGGUAUAGAUUAGUUUACUUGGUUUCAAGCCACGCUCUGAGUAUAAGGUUCAGCGGUAACACCUGGUCUCCCAAACCGAAAUAGAUAGAGUGCUGUUCGAACCCGAGACUUGAUGGCUGAGUGUUGAGUGCCUUAACCGCCGAGUAACUACUCUGCAUAUUGCGUAAAAUAUUGUGCCGUUUCGUCUUUACAUAUUAGUCUUCAUCAUGAAGAGUUAGCGUUUCAUAAAUCAAUUAGUACAAGACAGCACAGAAUAGCUGUUUUGUAUUUGUGUAUGAAACUUAUCAGUAGUGCUCAUUUAUAAUCUUCCUUGUGGUUGGACCCAGGACCUAAGGGUUUUUCAUUAAACAUAGAACCUUGUAAAUUAUGUCAAGUGUAAAUCAAAUCUCGUUCACGUUCCCAGCUUCACCUGGUAAUUAAAAGAUAUUUUCCGUUUCAAUUAACUGAGAUCUUUUGGUAGUUUACUGGAAACUGUCUUAUUUUUAUUCCGAAGCUACAUUAUACUAUAGCAGCAACGGGGAUAUUGCAUUAGUAUCGUAAAGCCUUAGUUAACGUUAAUGUCUCACUUUUAAAUCCAGUUACUCAUAAUAAUUAUAAUUAUUUUGCACUUUUUAUAGUUUGGAUAUGAUUUAAUGUUAUCGGUGAUUAUUUGUCCCCUAUUACUUCCUACCUCACCGAUUUCACAGAAUGCAUCUUCUCGUUGGAUAUUUGAAUUAAUUCUUAUCCCUCUCGUACAAUUUACUACUAGAUAAUUUACGACCUACUUGAAUCCUACUCAUCUGUUUUUAAUACAUACAGUAAUUAGAAUGUCUAAAGUGUUUUUUAGUAACUUUGAUCAUGCCAUUGGCAGUUAAGCAAUUGAAUGAGUUUUAGUGCCUGUUUUCUGACUAAUAUGACUAAACGAUUGUGCUAAUUAAAUACAUAUUGCCUAUCUUCUGUUGACUAACCACGUUUAUACAAUAUAGAAAUAGAAAGCCGAAUACGAAUUACAUUUAAGACGUGUAUAUUUCAGACACAUUCAUGUGACCACGAUAAACUGAACCGAGUGAAUAUGAAAGUUGCAUAGAUGCAAACAGGAGUAACUGCAUAACUUGCCUAGUGAACAAUACGUGAUUUAGUUUUUAUAUAAGGUGUAAAUAAUGCAUGAAUUAUAGAUAACUAAUUAGAGUGUAUAUGUCAGACACACAAAAUGAGAACAAUUAAAAUAUGUUCGACGUUAACAGUGAACAAUCAACACAAGUACGUAAGUGAAAAUAGAGAAGGAAAAAUAUCUAUAAAAAAAGUAUAGACGUUCACGAAUAUAAUCCAAUCAGUAAAGUCACAACGAAACAUGCAAAGGUCAGAAAAAGGUCGCACAAUAAUUUGUAUCAGUCUGUCAUAUUAUUUUCACAUAUGAUUUUAAAUUGAUUAGGCUUUUAUGCUUAACGCGGUUAGAAAUCAUAACAGAGUCAAUAUAAUUGAAAAAACUAUAAUUUGUACUAAUACCAAUGGUAUAAACACUGCUUGAUUUUCCUUUUUUUGUAAUUAUGUUUCACUUCAGACAUAAAUCCUUCUUACAUAUGAAAAUUACACGAAAUAGUACUGGUCAAUUUAUUCUAGGAGAAUAUAGUCAACCGUAUGCAAGUGUUUCACAAAUGAUUUAUCAUUAUGCACGAACACUUGUUCCAGUACUUGGUGCCUAUUCAGUUACACUGACACAUCCUGUAUGUAAACGUAGCUAACCAUUUUCGUAUUCUGUUGUUCAUUUCACUACUGCUGAAUCCUGAUACAAUGACACUGGCUACUCCGUCAGUUUUUCUUGCCUUUUGAUUUUUUGUCUGCUGCUCCUUCUAUCACUACUACCGCUUUAUUUGUUUAAGAGUUUAGUGCUAUGAGUCUUUUUUUCAGUUGCUUACUUCUCUUUUUUGGGUGCUGUGUUGUUCUUCCUUCUCUUCACUGAUCCUCAGCUGAUUAUCGCGUUUUCUGUUUAUUUUCUUACUAUUCCAUAUCACAUCAGCUUUCCAUACUUGUUAGCGCCUGCUGAAUUGUGUUUAUUUAAUUUAUUCCCUCUAUUUUCGUUACAUAUUUAUUCUUCGUAUAAUAUGCAUUCGUGUAUGUCUGUGUGUAAAGUAAUAUAUACAUGUAUUUAGUGUAUUUUUUCUCUUUAUCUAUGUACAACUUUCCUUCAUCAUCAUCGUCUGCCUCUUCUACCCACCGUACUGGGAAGUUGUUCAUCCAAUCAUGUUUACCUUUAUUAUUUCAUUUUUGCAAACUAUAACGUUGUCUUUCUGUAAACAUUUCAAGGAAAUGUCUCUGUUGUUCUGUUUCUUAUUUUGUUUUCUUUGGAGCUGAUUCAUUCCCUGAGAAAAGUAAUAAUAACGUUAGCAAAUAUUAUCUUCCUACAUAAUUCCAUCACCUACAUACUCUUAUUGUGAUUAUUACCUUAGUGCUAUAAUAACAUUCUCAGUUUUAGCUUCUUUCCUCAUUAAUUACCUUUAUUUUCUCUUUUUAUUUAAACAUGUCUACAAAAUGUAAUUUGUGUUCAAUUCUAAUUUUUUUCCCUUACAUCAGCACAUUUCAUUUUCCUUCAAUGAUAUCAGCACCAUUAACAAUUACUACUACUAUUAAUGAGUAAUAAGUAGCAUGAAUAGUUAUUCGCAAAACGUCUUACAUAUUUACCGUUUGAUGUUAUUCUUCAAAACUUCACAUAUAUAUUUUCUUUCAUCCCUUGAAAGAUUAUUAAGCUUUUUCUAUAACUUAUGUAUGGUUCAAAGCAAACUUCACCUUUAUUCUUCAAUUUAUACACCAUUCUAGGUGUUCUUGAGAGAGAUGAACACGAUUUACUUUUUUUUAUUCAUUGAACAUAAUCUGUUGUUCCACAUUAUUUGACAGUAUUUAUUAUUACUAAACAAGUUCAAAAUUCAUCGCUGUUGCCAUUUAUAUACGAUUUAUCUUCUAUAUUAUACAGUAUCUAUCAUUAUAAUUGAAACUGAUUACGUUUAUUAUUAUUACUAUCGACUAUAUCAGAUUUUUUGGUAUUUUAAAUCUAUAAAUUGUGUUGAAUAGUCUUGGAUCAUUUG